AUGCCGUGUUAACGGAAAUUCCACUAUUUACAAUCGUGUUGUAGCAAAAAUGUAUACAAUACGCAAUGACUAUUUGUUUGGUCGUCUCUGUAGGUGCCGUCAAAUUCGACAGCAGCGGCUUUGCUGUUGACAAUACAAUAACAACAAAAAAACAAAACAAAAGAUUAUAAGAACAUCAUAGAUAUAAUUCUUAAAAAUGCAUUUUUCAAAAUAUUUAAAAUGUUUUCAAUUUGCUUGAAUAUAAUGGAGUCGUUUGUAAUGUAUAUGGAGAAAAAUGAAUCAACAUGUGACUUUCAGUCGAUCGGCGUCUCCCGAGAAGGCAUCAUCGAAGCCAAACAAGGAAUCAAAAGUUUCCAAGCAAAAUCAUAUUGUCGAUGAAAUAUCCGAAACGGGCCAACUGCAGUAUUAUUGUACGGCCUGUGGCAAGAGGUUUCGGAGUCGCACACAGAAAUACUAUCAUUUACAAUGUAAUAUGCUCCAUGAAAAGACCUUUGAAUGUGAUAUUUGUAAAAAGAAUUUUGCCCGCCAAUCUCAAUUGAAAUACCAUAAAGAAUCACAUGUCUCACCCAUAAAUGAGUGCACCCAGUGUCAUAAGACUUUCUUCAAUCCAUUGGCUUUAAAGAAACACCAGAGCUUACACAAAGUUGAACCCAAAACUUGCCCACACUGUGAUAAAAACUUUUUAAAAAAGAUUUCAUUAGAGCAACAUAUUGCCGCUCAACAUCUAAACCAAUUACAAUAUGGUUGUGCAUAUUGCAGCAAAAGAUAUGCUUCCAAAACGACAUUGCAGCUACAUUUACAAUCACAUGAGAGAAAAAGAUUUGAAUGCCUAAUUUGUGGUAAAUUCUUCCAGCGUAAUUCCAUUUUAAAUUUACAUCUAAAACGUCACAAUCAUCUGGGUAGCAUUUACAAGUGUCACGUUUGUGAAAAAACUUUUGGAGACACAGGUGCAUUAUCAAGGCAUCGCAAAAUUCAUGAAGAAAACUCUCUUCAAUACCACUGUAUAUUAUGUGAUAAAAGCAUUUUAAGGAAAGACAAUAUGACAAGGCAUAUUAAGACCAUACACCCAGAAGAGAAAUAUGAAGAUAUUGUACAGAUUCUUAAUGUUUCACCUCCACAAUCGUUUAAAGAAAAUGACUUAGAUAAAGCAGAAACCAAUCAUCAUAAUGCCAAUCAUGUAAUGAAUUAUACAGAACGCAGCAUUCCAACUUCUAGUGCUGGCUAUAAAUCUCCAGUGACCAACAUUGUUAUCAUCGAGAAUAAAUUGAUACAGAGUCCUAUACAAACUGCAGGAAAUCACUUGAGUGUUGAAAGGGCAAAUAAACACAUACAACAAUGCCACAAGGAAGAAACAUCAAAUGACAAUAGCAAGCAUACCACUUUGUAUGAAUCAUUUUCCAUGAACAAAAUUCAGGUAAUAACAGCGCUACCAACGAACAAAACCACCAGUAUUCAUAUUGUACAAAACAACCAUGAAACAUUGCCUUACCCACAUAGUGCAGAAGAGAAUGAUAAAUCUAAGAAUGAUGUGCAACUAGAAAAAUCCGAAAUAGAUUUAUCCAAUCAUUAUUCAAACGAGAGAUUUAAAAUGUCAUUAUCAAAGAAUUUACAGACUGUCGAAUUUGAAGAUCAACAACAAAACAUUGAAAGCCAUCACUCCUGCGAAGAAAGAAGCCAUCCGCUUAUUAUACACAACACUCCCUCAGUUAUUAGAUCAGUGGGAAAUGUUAAUAGAAAUCUAAAUCUUCCAAUUGUAAGUAAGCCCGUCGCCGUGAAUGAUAAUACAGCAAUGGAUUACGAGUAUAAGCAUAAAAAAUACAAUCAUCAUUACAAUGUGGACUUGUAUCGUAAAAUACUGGGAUGUGAUGAUGAGGAAGACAAUGAAAAUUUUGUAGAAACACAGCGCGAGACCAACGCCACAUAUAAUCAACAUCAUCAACAGGAUAAUUCAUCAGAGUCGACAAACCCUACUACAGCAGUCCAUUGGCGUAAAAGUUUUAAAAAUAUUUAUGAGACUACAGCAACUUAAAAAUAUUAAAGCCCUAUUAAAGUCACAACUCAUACAAAUCUGCAAUCUAGGUUCUAGACUAUACAAUAUAUUUAUCAUUUGUAAUGCAAACAAU